AUGGGCAACCAGGGCUCAUCACCACAUGAACCGCUGGAUCAUGUCCAAGCGCAGAAUGCUGACUUGAAAAUGAAGUCAUCCGUCCGCAGCUCGUUGAGGCGGGCGCGCGCGGGCGCAACGCUGUCGCCGCCACGCGCCGGAAUGGAACGCUUGCGACGCUCGUUCCGCGAGUCGUUCCGCCGGCGCAAGGGCUCGCCGCCCGAGUCUGCGCGGCCGCACCAAUGGAUCGCGGACGAGGCGGCGGUGCGGGCGGGCACUUGCACCUUCCCGGUCAAGUACCUCGGUUGCGUCGAGGUGUUCGAAUCCCGGGGGAUGCAAGUGUGCGAGGAAGCGCUUAAACUACUUCGAAACUCCCGUCGUCGACCGGUUCGUGCUGUGUUACACGUGAGCGGAGACGGAUUGAGAGUGGUGGAAGAAGAAACAAAGGGUCUACUUGUUGACCAAACUAUUGAGAAAGUCUCCUUCUGCGCUCCGGACAGAAAUCAUGAACGUGGCUUCAGCUAUAUAUGUCGCGAUGGAACAACACGUCGAUGGAUGAGUCACGGGUUCCUCGCCUACCGCGAUAGUGGGGAGCGUCUGUCACACGCUGUGGGCUGUGCGUUCGCCGCCUGCCUGGAACGAAAACAGAGACGCGAUAAAGAAUGCGCCGUGUCCAUGAGUAUCGACGCCGCGAGUCAUGCUUUCACGCGCCAGGGCUCAUUUAGAAAAUCAGUGAUAAAUCGUCGCGUAUCCGAAGCAGAUGUGGCGACGCCUCCCGCCAGUAUCCCUACUCCGCCGACGCCCAUAGUCCCAGUUCCCCGCACGGGGACCGAUUCGUCCGUUCAACGUCCACCGCCGCACAAUCCUUUCGCGGUGGAACGACCUCACGCUGCGCCUCAUCUAUUAGAACGACAAGGAUCUUUCCGUGGAUUCGCACAUCUAAAUAACAAUUCACCAUUCAAACGUCAGAUGUCACUGCGAAUCAGCGAGCUGCCAUCGACCGUAGAACGACAGCGACUCGGGUUAGGUUCACCCGCUACACCACCAUUGCCGACGAUUCCUGCUAUACCCGCAUUGCCUGUUGCGCCUGCGCCGGUGCCGGCCGUGGAACCGGUCGAGGAAAAGCCGCUCGAGAGCGACCCGGUAGCGGAGAUGUGCCAACAGUUAUCGCUUGGUCUGCGUGCGCUCACUGAAGAACCGGUUCCGGUUCCGGUAGCGAGUGCCCUUCCGCAUCCGGAUGCAUGGCUCGGAAGAAUUGCGCGCGCGCCGCCUCUCGCCUCCGCUGGCAGAGCACAAUCAUUCGCCGGUCACGCGACUACCAACCCAUUCCUAACACCAGCACAAUACUAA